AUGGCGAAUUUAAAGGCAGCUUUGGGUACGAGUGAACUUACCGAUAUGAAGGCUGGCCUUUACCGAGCACUGGUAGCGGAAUUUCUAGGCACAAUGCUGUUGAAUUUCUUUGGUUGCGGAGCCGUCAUCACUGCAAACGUUGUUGCCAUAAGCCUUUCCUUUGGCCUAACGGUGGCUGCCGCGAUCCAAGGUAUCGGGCACGUUUCUGGCGGUCACAUCAAUCCUGCCGUCACGUUCGGUUUAAUGGUUGUAGGCAAGGUACCAAUAAUUAGAGGAUUAUUGUACGUCUUAGCUCAGAGCAUAGGUGCGAUAGCAGGAUCCGGUGUGUUGAGGGCACUGUCACCUGAAAGAAUGGAGGCUGCGUUAGGUGUAGUGUCCCUUUCCGCGGGUGUAACACCUGUCCAAGGUUUUGGUAUAGAAUUUUUCCUUGCCUUCAUAUUGGUCCUCGUAGUCUGUGGCGCAUGCGACUCAGCUAAGCCACAAAGUCAGGGAAUAGCGCCUCUCAUAAUUGGACUUGCUGUUACGGUUGGCCACCUUGUUGGGGUACCAAGAACUGGAGCUGGAAUGAAUCCCGCACGAUCAUUAGGUAGCGCUGUCGUGAUGGGUGCAUUCGAUGACCAUUGGGUUUAUUGGACUGGUCCGAUUCUUGGUGGAAUGGCGGGUGGAUUAAUUUACGCGCAUGCAGUUGGUCCUGCGAAGGAACCGGAAGGCCAGUACUCAACUGUUGCAAGAGGAGAGAAGGAGAUAGCACAGGGACAUCUUAUGUACGUCUAUAAGACGUCCGGUGCCGGACGUUCGGGACGUCCUAUGGGCGUACAGAUAACGUCUAAACGUCCCCUGAACGUCCUGUGA